CAGAUCAGUCCUGUGCGAGGUUCCCCCAGCUGCAGCCAUGAGGGCCCCGGGGCUCCCCAUGCUCUCCUGCCUCCUCCUGACGGCUCAGAUGCUGCUGGUGGGCGCACAAGCACUGUGGCCGGAGCAUGCCACGGGAAGAGGCUGGCGCUACGAGAUCCCAAUCCCUAGCAGGUUCCUCACCCCAGACCGGGCCAAGUGCUACGUGACCGUAAAGGACCGGGGAGAGGACGUCGCCCUGAAGGUGCAGUGCAUCCGGCUCAACAGUGCCUCUUCCUGUGUCUUUGCUGGAAACCCCAAGGCCUGCACGGCCAGUCUGGCAAAGAGCAGAAUCUACUGGAAGCAGCUCGCCAGCAGCCUGUUCUCUCAGGAGCGCCUCUGUGAGGAUGACCGCGUGGUCCUGAGCACCAGGGUCUGCGGCAGCAGCUUCCCGGAAUCCAACUUCAGGCUGGUGCAGCCCUCGCAGGUCGCCACGGCCAGCAAGGACCGCGCGAGGGCCAAGUUCCCGUGGAAGAUGCCAAGGGCCAAGGUCAUCCCCACGGACUCUGGCAGCACCGCAAAGAUCUCGGACAGCCAGGGGCCCUUCGUCACAUCCCACCUCUCUUUGGAGCUGUCCGAGUCUGAGAUCACCACCACUGGGCCAGGCCUUGGUCCUCAGCGGGCCAGGACCCUGCCAGGGGAGACCAUGGUGACCACCAGAUCCAACAGUCAGGCUGACCCAGCCAUCAGAAUCGAGUCGCCUCAGCUCGCUGACAUGGACAUGGGCCAGGAGAUGGUCCCUUGGAUCUACCAGGACCUGCUCCUAAAGAGUUACAUAGGCCCACAGCUAGAGCGCCAGGACUCCCCCCCGCAGAGUUCCCUGGGUCCAGGGCAGGUAGACCAGGACUAAGCCCUGCAAGAGCGUCCUGGGUCCAGAGCUACAGAGGGACCAGGACAUACCUAGAGUGACACAUUAGCUACCCACCAGGACACUGCACAGCAGAGACAGCUGGGCCAGCCAGUAAACAGCCCUUAGCUACGAUGAGGAAUUUGGGAGUGAGCCCCCCAGGGCCUGAGGCAUGGGCCUGAGACAUCAUUUUAAUGAGGCAA